AUGAUAGAGACAAAGUCUGAACGUCAUUCUAACGCUUCCGCAGCUGCGCCCUAUUAUGGGGGCUUCAAACAUGUGGAUAAAAAGGGACCAGGCUUUUGUAAGUCUGCCAAUGUGGAUGCUUCAAAAAGGGGUUAUGGGUUUGAGAGAUUUAGCAUUUUCCUAUUUCUUGUGAAGACCUUGAUCUUUGUGAGUUUCGUCAUGCUGCUGCAGCUCUCUUUGCCUGGUGUGAGUGUGCACGAAGGAGGAGUACGUACCCAUUACGCCACCGGCAAUACAGCAAAAGGGAAUUACUACACACCCAAGGCAAGAGGCAACCGAAUUUUAGCCGAAUCCCUAAAAAGUUCAAACACGACAUUUGAAAAGUUGGAGCAGAACACAGUGGAUAAGAUAGAAAAUAUUUACGAACAGCUGACAAGAAGCAUCGCAUCAAAAAUAAUGGCAUUUAUUAAAAAAAUAGAUUUAACUUUGGAAAAAGAAAUUGCUAAGACGUUAAAAUAUAUCGAUACUGAGAAGGAUGAACCUGUUAAGUAUGGUUUAACUUUUUACGAAAAAUUGAAAAAAUUCUUUUCCGCAUUCAAGGUUUUUUCUACCCCCGUACUGGGUGCCUUUGCCGCCAUGAGUGCUUACUACUUUAAGGCCCAAGCCUUUACCGCUCUGGUUAGUUUGAGCAUAGCACUUUUGCCCUUCUUGUCUACGUUCUACUUGAUGUAUAAAGUAAUUAAAGUACGUGGUGAUAUGGCGGAAUGA